ACUACCAUUAUACACUCAUCUUCUCUCAGAUCGAUUUGGACUCUGUUCGAAGCUCACCUAACAGCGCAGGUUCUGUACCGGAUAAUCAUUCUCAAGUCUACACUCCAUGGACAGUCCUUCAGACGACGAGCCCUGGAUCCUUAUCGCGGAAGAAGGGACCCAGAACCAGGGCGAUAUGCUGUCUGCAGAGCGAAAGAUAAAGCCUUGGGCACUUUCACCACCGAAAACAUACAUCUUCGAAAACGCAAAUAUUAUAAACACCGUCGAUGGCUCCAUCCGAUCAAAUAGUUCGCUAUGCACCAGCGACGGUCAAAUCAAAUGGAUUGUCGACGGUCUGGCAAGAAACACUUCCGAAUCCGAUGCCAUCAGAAUAGAUGCAACAGGAAAAUACCUAGUCCCAGGCUUAAUCGAUUCUCAUGUCCACAUCACCGCCGUCCCUGGUACCGCAGAUCUCGCAAAGGUGUUUGGCAGCGAAUUCGCCGUUUCUGCCUUCCGACAGCCAUAUGUAUGUCAACAGAUGCUGAGCAGAGGCUUCACCACGGUACGCGACUGUGGUGGAGCCACGUUGGCUCUUAAGGAAGCGAUUGCUGAUGGCGUUUUUCCUGGACCUCGCCUUUUCAUUGCUGGCCAUGCACUUUCUCAGACGGGCGGUCAUGGCGAUCAACGGGGUCCUCAUGAUCACACUGCUUGUUGUGGUGGGACGAACAGCGUUGGCCAUAUCUGCGACGGAGUGGAUGAGUGCAUCAAAGGCGUUCGUGAGGAAACACGUACCGGCAGUGACUUCAUCAAGAUCAUGGGAGGUGGUGGUGUCGCGAGUCCUACAGAUGCGCUUGAGAAUGUACAAUUCACGGCUGAAGAAAUCAAAGCCAUCACCACUGUGGCAGCCCAAGCCGACAGGUGGGUGACCACACAUGCAUACACACCCAAAGCCAUUCAACAUGCCAUCCACAACGGCGUCAGAGGCAUUGAACACGGCAACUUCAUCGACAAGGAAACUGCCAAGUUGAUGGCAGCUAAGGAUAUUUUUUUGACACCAACCUUGAUUACCUACUCUGAGAUGGCUUCGCCAGAUUGGACUGGCUUUUUACCACCAGAGUCAGUGGCGAAGAAUGAAAUCGUGCUCAAGAAGGGCCUGCAAUCCCUUCAGAUCGCUUCUGAUGCCGGAGUCACCAUCUGCUACGGUACUGAUCUCCUGGGUCCUUUGACAGCUGCACAAACAAAGGAGUUUGCUUUGCGAAGUCAAGUCUUGUCGCCGUUGCAACUGUUACAGAGCGCUACUAUCAAUCCGGCUCGUAUGUUACGACAGGAGAAGGCGCUGGGACAGUUGUCUCCUGGAUUUUCGGCCGAUAUACUGAUCAUGAAUGAGAAUCCGCUGACCGACAUGGAGAUGUUUGAUAAGCCAGAUAAGCACCUGCUGGCGGUGAUCAAGGAGGGAAGAGUGUUUGUCAGCCGCUGGUCAGGUCUGCCACAAGAUACGAUCUCCCCAACGCCUGUAAUUGAGUAAUCGUCGCUGCUCGGAAGCGAGGGACCUCUUGAGCAGUUUUACAUAGCCAUGAAUCCAAUCUCCCGAUGUAUCGUAAUAGAGCAAGGGAGUUGCAAAUUUGAUCGAGCAACGAAUUGAGACUACCGCC